AUGUCAGAACAACAUCCAAAAGGUAUAUUAAGAAACAAUUCCAUUUCAGAAUCACAACAACAAUUACAAGAUAAAUUAGAUAGAAAAGAAGUUAUAAAAAAUACACAAUUAAAUGCAAAAUUAAAUUCUGAUACUUCAAAAGGUGAUGAAAUUAGAGCUAAAAUUGCUCAAAAAAAAAAGGAAUUAGGUAUAGAUGAUGAAGAUCAGGCAAAAGAACAUGAACAUUUAAAAUGGGAUGAAUUAAAUAUUUAUAAAAAUGAACAAGAAAAAUCAGCUACUAUGAAAAUAGAUGAACCAAAAACUCCUUAUGAAGGUGGGUUUAAUCCUGAAGGAGAAUAUUAUAAAGAUGAUGAUGAUAAUGAUGAUAAUGAAAUACCUGAAUUUGAAUUAGGUGAAGGAGAAUAUGAUAAAUUAAAUGAAAAUGAAAAUAAAUCUUCUUUACAUGGUAGUGAAGUUUUAAAAGAUAAUCAACAAGAAGAACCAGAAGAAGAAGAUGAAGAUGAAGAUGGAGAAGGAGAAGAACCAUUAACAGCUGAAGAAAGACACAAGAGAUUUGAGGAAAAAAGAAAAGAACAUUAUCAUUUGAAAGCAUUACCUUUAAAACAAAAAAUAGAUAUACCAGAUGAUGAUGAAUAG